AUGUUCCCGUCGCUGAAGCCGGCAGACUUGCUGCCCGACGGCACGCCGGACUACUUCAAGUUGAUUCUCACGUCGAGGGUCUACGACGUGAUCGACGAGACCCCGGCCAACUACGCCCCGCUGUUGUCGAACAAAACCAACUCGCACGUCUUCCUCAAGAGAGAGGACUUGCUCCCGGUUUUCUCCUUCAAGUUGCGGGGCGCCUACAACAUGAUUGCGAACCUCUCCCCGGAGCUGAGAAGCAAGGGGGUCAUUGCGUGCUCCGCAGGCAACCACGCCCAGGGCGUCGCCUACUCGGCACAGAAGCUCGGCAUCAGCGCCACCAUCGUCAUGCCCGUCGGCUCCCCCUCCAUCAAGUUCCAGAACGUCUCGCGUAUGGGCUCCCGCGUAGUCCUCUACGGCGAGGACUUCGACGCAGCCAAGGCAGAGUGCGACCGUUUGGCCCAUGAACACGGCUACACCAACGUCCCUCCCUUCGACCACCCGCUCGUCAUCGCCGGCCAGGGCACCAUCGCCAUCGAGCUUUUGCGCCAGAUCAAGUCGAACAAGCUCUCUGCAGUCUUCGUAGCCAUCGGAGGCGGAGGUCUCAUUGCAGGUAUCGGAUCCUACCUGAAGAGACUUGCGCCUCACGUCAAGGUCAUCGGUGUCGAAACCUUCGAUGCAGACGACAUGUACCGCUCCUUGAAGAAGGGCGAGAGGGUCGCUCUCAACAAGGUCGGUCUAUUUGCAGACGGUACCGCCGUCAAACUCGUCGGUAAGGAAACUUUCAGAGUCUGCCAGAAGUUUGGCAUCGACGAAAUUGUCCGCGUUUCCACAGAUGAGAUCAGUGCAGCCAUCAAGGACGUUUUCGAAGACACUAGAACCAUCAUGGAGCCCUCUGGUGCAAUGACCGUCGCAGGUAUGAAGCGCUACAUCCAGCUCAACCCAGACAUCAACCACUCGGAUAAAACUUACGUCCCGGUUUUGUCCGGCGCCAACAUGAACUUCGACCGUCUCAGAUUCGUCUCCGAACGUGCCGUGCUAGGUGAGGGCAAGGAAGUCUUCCUUUGUGUGCAGAUCCCAGAUGUCCCAGGUACCUUCAGAAAGCUACAGAAUAUUAUCCACCCAAGAGUCGUCACAGAAUUCUCCUGCAGAAUGUCUGACUCCGACAUCAACGCCGAGUUUGCCGAAGUUUACACCUCAUUCGCAGUCAUCGACCGUGAGAAGGAACUCAAGCAGGUCUUGACCGCCAUGAACAAGGAAGGUUUCGUUGCUUACGACUUGUCUAAGAACGAAAUGGCCAAGUCCCAUGGUCGUUACUUGGUCGGUGGUAAAAACAGUCUCCGUGAAAAACUCAUCCACUUUGAAUUCCCUGAACGUCCCGGUGCCUUGGACAAGUUUUUGGAGCUACUGAAAACAGAGUGGAACUUGACUUUGUUCCACUACCGUAACCAGGGUGAUGACAUUGGUAAGGUCUUGACCGGUAUCAAUGUUCCGGAGGCCGAAGACGACAAGUUCCAGGAAUUCCUCGACAAGUUGGGCUACAAAUACACGGAUGAAACCCACAACAAGGUCUUUGAGCUUUUCUUGAAGAGAUGA